AAAAUUGGACGAAUAGAUUUCAGAAAUUAGGUUAAAUUGGGGAGAAUGUCAGAUGACGAUAUCUGGAGUGAGGAUGAAGAAAUAGACCCCGAAGAAGCGCAAGAGUAUCUACGCCAAGUUCAAGAGUCCGACGGUUUCGAUGUUGAUUACUUUCACAAUUCAUAUGCUCGGAUAAAACCCUUUCAAUUGAAUGAUGAGUAUGGUUAUACACAUGACAUGGAACUUUAUGGUAGAUUGGGACUUCACUGUUACAAUCUUCACAAGGAAACUAACCUCAAAUUAAUCGACAUUCACAAAUACAACACUGAGUUGUUUUUUGGGUACUACAUAACGUUGGAGGCAGUAGACACAUAUACCAACUCUCCAUGCACUUUUCAAACGUGUUUAGUUCCUACAGGGCCUCGGACUACUUGUAUUGGGCCUCAGAGGAGAUGGGAAGAUGAGGUGAUAGAUGAUUUCUACAAAAGUGAAAUGCCUAACUGGUUGACAAAGGAGGAGCUAGCUGCAGCUAAUGAUAAGGGGCAAUACUAUGAGUUGCAAGAAUCUGACUUACUAGGAAAUGAAUGGCUUCAUCUUUAUGCUGAGUUUGCAUUGUCCUUGAACUGGAGAGGAUAUGCGAUGAAGAACUCGAUUCUGAGGCGUUUUCUACCACUGAAGAUCAAGAAGGUAAUUGUACAUACUCGGGAAAGCGGUGAAGAGUCCCCACACUUAAAGCUCAAGGCCAACAACGCCAUCUUCUACAUGAGUUUCAAAGGCAAUAGUGAUCAUCCGAGUGGUAAGCCUGUCGAGUACCAAGCAAUAGUACGGAAAACCAUGGAUGGGAAACCGGGACAUAUUCGUCUAGAAGUUCAGUCUUGGGCGGGCUUAGAAUCCCAGCCAACUUGAGGAUUUUUUGGUGUUAACGUUGUGAAGUUUGUCUUUGGAUUGGUAGUGGUGAUGAUAUUUUUUUACUAGUUUUACUUAUGGUUUCAAGAAUUUAGCACCAUAAAAGUGUAGAAAAAAAUCUCCAAUAGAAAUCGUGAAUCAAC